GUUUUUAAAAACGUGUAACAAAAAAUAAUUUAGGUAAAAAGUCAAGUUAUUUCUGCUUGGUUAUUUUUUAUAGGGUUUAAUGCUUUCCUCAAAAGAGCUUUGGAACAUACCAUCUAGUAUUGGGAAUGGUGCGCGCUCGAUGAGUGGCUCCACUAGCUAUUCCUUUCUUCCCUCAGCCUUGAUCCAAGGUGGGGGAGGGCCUGCUGCGGGAAGUGGGGCUAUACCCCUCUCCACACCGGCACACGAUUACUCGCAGGAGGUAUGCAAGUACUUUGUGAACGGCGGUUGCCUUCGCGGGGCGACGUGCCCGUACUCUCACGAACUUCCUGACGAGCGUCAUCUAGAUGUGAACGGGGUAGGUUUUAUUCUCAAUCCGAACGUACAUAACGCGCAGAAGACGGUUCCUUCGCAGUCUGGUAUAGGCACCAAUUCCGGCACACAGGUCUCGCCGACCUCCGGGAGCUCGCUCAUGGGCCUCGGCCUUAACAGCCAGCAAUCCCCUAAUAGGCCAUUCCAGUACAAGGGCACCACGGGUAAGAGUCACUUCAAUGCGCUCUCACCUUCCUCGGUUUUUGCGGUUCCAUUGAACAACACAAAGCCCCCGUCGAGAUAUCGGCCGCCAGAGCCCUAUUUAGAGUUCAACUUGCCGCCUGUUUUAGCUCUUCUUCUACAAUCCAACACGAAGGAUUUGGAGGUAAACCUAAAGAGAUUGCUCUUACAGAACUAAUAGUAAUAAGGCCUAACCAAAUGCGUGUUGUAAUUUUUUUCCUAUCAAAUUUUCAGAGUGCAAUGGCUACCAUAUUGUUGCUUGUUCAGUGAUGCUUCGUUUGUUGAAGGGUCAGGAAAGCCAUGAAAUGCAUAAAAACAACAACAACAGCAAACGGGUAUUGUAGAACAUUAUUUUGUUUGCUUCGAUGCGGUAAUGUUUAUAUAUAUUAUAUAGUUAGUCGCUUCAAUUAGAAAGGGGAAUGAUACAUUCAGUCGAACAGGUGUUAAAUUUUUAGUGUGAUGCAAUUUGAGUGUGAAAUUUAUUUAAAAGAGAGAAACAUAUUUGUUUAUUUCUUUUGAUAUGCUUUUUUUUAUUGUUACCUUUAAGUUCUGCAAUUUUAAGAUUCCGAUUUUCUUCAAUAAAUGUUAACUUUAUUAUUAUUAUUAUCAUUUUUUUCUCGCGUGCAGGAUUAUAUUAAGAUUUUA